AUGUGGUUCAUGAAGAAAGAUAUCCCCGUACAGCCUCUCGAUGAUAUCAUCCUAUCAGCUCGCGUGCAGCUUUAUGAUACAGCAACCUCCUCCUGGAUGCAUGGAGCCGGUUGGUCUACAGAGAAGUUCUCGUGGGAGUCCAUGGUGCACGGCAAGCAUGAUCAUCGCUUGCAAAAUUAUCUCUGCCUCGUGCCCACAGAAUCGAACUCACCGGACACGCUUAUAUGGCUUAUUGCUGUCACCGAGGCAGCCGCAAAUGCUACGUGCUGUGUGCCCUCACUGGGAGCUGCACGCGGAACUGGCGCGGACUCCGUUUCGACUAAGACCGAAACUGCAAAUCCAACUCUGCCCGCGGUACCUUUGCCAAUGUUGCCUUCGUGGCAGUAUUACAAAUUGAUAAAUGACACGAAAUUUUUGCUAGAGCUUACGUUCGCGUUAUUACACCCAUAUGUGCAACGUUCGAGUGGCAGCACUUUCAUUUCCGCGAAGAUCUGCUCUCUCGACUAUACUUUAGCACCAGUUCAUCGUACUAAUGAUAUAGUCAAGCCGAGGGUACUAGUGUUGGAUGAUCGGGUGGGAGAAUGGCAGUACAACGGACGUUCGAUCAAGCGCUCUAACUUGUUGAAUCCGAACGCGAGAAGGGUGUCCGGUAGGGAAUUACGCCAACUAUCAUUUUUACUACUCGGGCAACGUUCGCUUGCUGUCGACCCUACGGCCUACGGUCUCGACGAUUGCUAA